AUGAAUCAAGCCUUCCAAUCUUCAUUAGCCCUUUUCAAAAAAACCCUAUUAACUGAACAAAAAACAGCUAAUCAAACCCUUUUUAAACAAUUAAUCAAGACUGAACUUCAAAAACUAGGUCAAAGAGGAGUUA